GUACGCCGCUGUGGUUGCCGGAAAUUGAGCGGCGACCACAAAUCAUGGCGGCAGCGGCGGGGGCUCCUGGGCUCUCCAAGCUGCAGUUUGCCCCCUUUAACAGUGCCUUGGAUGUGGGCUUCUGGCACGAGUUGACCCAGAAGAAGCUGAACGAGUAUCGGCUGGAUGAAGCUCCCAAGGACAUUAAGGGUUAUUACUACAAUGGUGAUUCUGCCGGGCUGCCAGCUCGCUUAACAUUGGAGUUCAGUGCUUUUGACAUGGGUGCUCCCACGCCAGCCCACUGCUGCCCAGCUGUCGGCACGCUGUAUAACACCAACACACUCGAGGCAUUCAAGGCUGCAGAUAAGAAGCUACUUUUGGAACAAGCAGCAAAUGAGAUAUGGGAAUCCAUAAAAUCGGGUGCUGCUCUGGAGAACCCUGUCCUCCUCAACAAGUUCCUUCUCUUGACAUUUGCCGAUCUGAAGAAGUACCACUUCUAUUAUUGGUUUUGUUGCCCUGCUCUCUGCCUUCCAGAGAGUAUACCCCUCAUUCAGGGACCAGUAGGCUUGCAGCAGAGGUUUUCACCAAAACAGAUUCAAGCCCUGGAGGGUGCAUAUGAUGAUCUUUGUCAAAAAGAAGGGGUCCCAGCCCUACCUUACUUCUUAAUCAAGUAUGAUGACAACGUGGUGCUGGUUUCCUUGCUUAAACACUACAGCGAUUUCUUCCAAGGUCAAAGGACAAAGAUAACAAUCGGUGUAUAUGAUCCCUGUAACUUAGCCCAGUACCCUGGAUGGCCUCUGAGGAACUUUCUGGUCCUUGCAGCCCACAGAUGGAGUAGCAGUUUCCAGUAUGUUGAAGUCCUCUGCUUCCGGGACCGCACCAUGCAGGGCGUUAGAGACGUGGCUCACAGCAUCAUCUUCGAAGUGAAGCUUCCAGAAAUGGCAUUUAGCCCAGAUUGUCCCAAAGCGGUCGGUUGGGAAAAGAAUCAGAAAGGAGGCAUGGGACCGAGGAUGGUGAACCUCAGCGAGUGCAUGGACCCUAAAAGGUUAGCUGAGUCAUCAGUGGAUCUAAAUCUCAAACUGAUGUGUUGGAGGUUGGUCCCCACUUUGGACUUAGACAAGGUCGUGUCCGUAAAGUGUCUGCUGCUCGGAGCCGGCACCCUAGGCUGUAAUGUAGCCCGGACCCUGAUGGGCUGGGGCGUCAGACACAUCACUUUUGUGGACAAUGCCAAGAUCUCCUACUCCAAUCCUGUGAGGCAGCCUCUCUAUGAAUUUGAAGAUUGCCUUGCAGGUGGGAAGCCCAAGGCGCUGGCUGCAGCAGAACGGCUUCAGAAAAUAUUCCCUGGAGUGAAUGCCAGAGGGUUCAACAUGAGCAUCCCCAUGCCCGGACACCCAGUGAACUUCUCCAGUGUCACCCUGGAGCAAGCCCGCAGGGACGUGGAGCAGCUGGAGCAGCUGAUCGAAAGUCAUGACGUCGUCUUUCUGCUGAUGGACACCCGGGAGAGCCGGUGGCUGCCUGCUGUCAUUGCUGCCAGCAAGAGAAAGCUGGUCAUCAACGCUGCCUUGGGCUUUGAUACCUUUGUGGUCAUGAGACAUGGUCUGAAGAAACCUAAGCAGCAGGAGGCUGGGGACUUGUGCUCCAACCACCCCGCGGCACCCUCUGACCUUCUGGGCUCAUCGCUUUUUGCCAACAUCCCUGGCUACAAGCUUGGCUGCUAUUUCUGCAAUGAUGUGGUGGCUCCAGGAGAUUCCACUAGAGACCGAACCUUAGACCAGCAGUGCACUGUGAGCCGCCCAGGACUGGCCAUGAUCGCAGGGGCCUUGGCAGUGGAAUUGAUGGUUUCCGUUUUGCAGCAUCCAGAAGGGGGCUACGCCGUGGCCAGCAGCAGUGACGACCGCAUGAAUGAGCCUCCCACCUCUCUGGGGCUCGUGCCUCACCAGAUCCGGGGAUUUCUGUCACGGUUUGAUAAUGUCCUUCCCGUCAGCCUGGCAUUUGACAAAUGUACGGCUUGUUCUUCCAAAGUUCUUGAUCAAUAUGAACGAGAAGGAUUUAAUUUCCUAGCGAAGGUGUUUAACUCUUCACAUUCCUUCUUAGAAGACUUGACUGGACUUACAUUGCUGCAUCAAGAGACUCAAGCUGCUGAGAGAUGGAAACGGGCUGAAGGUUCCAAGCUUGUGUCUGGUUUGGCCUUUCUGGUAACCGGCCCCUCGCCUGCAGCAGCAGGCCCCCCCGGGAGUCGCCUGCCGAGAGCAGAAGACACUCUCGUCACCCAUAAAUUUCAUGGGAUUAGCUAUUUCAGGAACCAGGUUCAAAGACCAAGCAGAAGGACAGAAGAUGCUCCUAGCACCUUCAUCGGUGAGGGAAUUGCAAAGGAUUCACGAGCUCUGGCCAGGAGCCCGGGACAAAGACCAAAAUAUAUAUAUUUCUUUUGUUUAGUUGUUCUUCUUUUAUUCACUUGCUUAUGUGUUAAACAGGUAUCUCUGAACUCUUCCUUUGGGCUAGACCCUGGCUAGAUACGAGGGCACAGAUGAAAGAACUCUUGACUUCAGGGAGUUUCCAGCCUAACCAUCUCCCUCCUUUUUUCUUCCUUACUAGACCUGUCGGCUUUGAUCCUUCGGCGCCCUGCCCUUCUUUAGAUUCCCCUCUCUCGGGCAAGCAGUCAUAUAAAAGCUUCCCCGUGAAGCUUUUCCAGAACAGCCUUAUCUCUGUCUUUCCAUUUUUCCCACCGUAAAACAGAGCUAGCGGUAGUUCCACAGACUGCCAUAAGGUGAAAGCGGAAAAGGGAUGGUGCCUUUCAGGAAAAAUGUCAGCAGGUGACGACGUUUUACCUAGUUCUGGGUCAGCCCAGAGAACUUUCUUUUUUUGUUUGGGGGUCUUUGUGUUUUUUUAAUAAUGGCUUUUAUUUUUUUAAAGACUUAUUUAUUUAUGCAUACAAGAACUGGGGCACAGGCCAGAGAUGUGGGGGUGAGAGGAUUCACCAGAGACAGAGUGGGGAACAGAACAGGCAGAUUGACCGAAGCGCACUGGUGAGGGGAGC